UGCCCAUGGUGAUUUCAUGUUGCUUGGUGGUCCCGGCAACCAAUCCAACCGAUCCGUCGUCCGUCAUCGUGUGUGAUCGAUAUAGAAAAUAAGCUUGCUUAGACUGAUUGAUUUCGUAGUGCGAGACCCUUUCGACCUCCGGCCAGGCUGAUUGAAACUCAAUUGAAUCGCGGUUGGAACCUUGUGACUCGGACCCGUGGCCAUCAUGCUGAGUGUGGACAAUAUCAAGCAGCUGAAGAAACUGUUUCGACCGGAGGAUGGGUCGGAUUCCGAGGACGAUGGCCACGAUGGAGGGGUUGGUCAAUUAGGACCGGGAGAUAUUGGAGCUUCUAGUCAGCGUGCCAAAGAGAAAGCUCCGGAAAAUCCGGAUGAGCACGUGAAGCCCUGCUCGUACGCUCCAUUGGAGAAGAAACCGGAACCAGAACUGCCAAAAUCCGUUGAAGAGUGGGAACGACUGCAGGAAGUGGAGUGCGAGAACCUGCUCGAGUCCCGGCCACGACCCGAGUACAAGAUAACGUACAAGCAAACCGUGGCCACCGAAGAUCUGUACCUGCAGAUGAGUGGCAAAACGGCCAGCACCUCGAGUUGCGAAAACAUGGUCGUGGAAGUCUUCCUCACCGGGGAAACCGUUGGCAUUCAGCACAUCGAUCUGACCGUACAGGAACAGGGCAUCAAAGUUCGCUCGCCCAAGUACUUCCUAGAUCUUCACCUCCCCCACAAGAUCGACCCAGAUCGCGGCAAUGCUGCGUGGUUGUCGGAGGAAAAGAUUCUCAAGCUGACACUGAAGCUGGUGCGGGAGUUUGAUUUCGUUAACUUUUGAACUCUGGACCAACCAGAGAACAAAGUGAAGUGCGCGUGUUCAACGAGCUUGCAGCUUUUCAAUCAUGAUCUAUUGGAUUGGUUGACCGUACAAAGAUACAUUGUAUUGUCGUAAAUUAAAUGGUGAGAGACUUUGUGUAGAUUGCAGUUUAAUUGAUUGUAAUUGGAAUAGAAAUAAAAUAAUUUGUGUUCAUGUACAAA